CUGUUCUUUUAUGAAAUAGGGAUGGACCUGGUGAUUUGAUGUUGUUAUCUGACGAGACGCCAGAGACCUACAUUAGCAUUGUUAUUUGCAGUGUGGAAAGAAACAUCAAGUUGCAUUACCUCGUCAAAAUUUGAAAUUCAUGUUACAAAAUGGCUUCUAUGAAGACCAGCUCCUGUUGUUUGCGGACCUACUCCAUGAUGAGACAUGUCCACAGGAUAAGUAAAUUGCAGGACGUGUACACUCCUGUAAGAUGUGUCGAAACAGCAAGUCAGCAGCCGUACCAGGAUAGGAACUCAUUGCAUGCACCAGUCUUUGCAGAAAAGGAACUUUUAAUCGAGCAUAUUCAAAAGAGUGUUGUUUACGAUGAUGAAAACAUAUUGGCAUUGAACAAACCAAGUGGAGUUCCUAUAAAAGCUUUACAUGGUGAAGGCGUUCCCUCAAUGGCUGAUAUACUGGAAGAUUUAAGAGAAUGUUUUGAUACUCCAGAACUUGAAUAUAUGCUAGGAUUAUCAAGAAACCAGAGUGGCAUUAUAUUAUUAAGCAAGCAUGCCCUGGCCAAAGUGAAGUUAAAGAGGUCACUGCAAGGGGCAAGAUCGUAUCAAGACAUCAAUCAUGAAUUUGUAUGUGUUUGCUUGGGUGAACCGAAGUUUAAGACAGAAGUCGAGAAAGUUCGCUAUCUACGGAAUAACAUCAAUGGACGUCAACAGGCCGUCUUGGUGCCACACUUCAGCAGGUACAUGAAGAAAGGACUAUUGUCUAGUUUCAACGUUAAGGCAGACGUGUUGGCCACAAGCCCCCUGGAAACAACUCCAAAAGUUUCUCUCGUAGGCAUUACUUGUGACAGCGGGAAGAAGGAGUGUUUAGAAAUGUAUAUGGCAGAACAUUUGAGUCCUAUCCUUGGAGAUCAUGUUUAUUCUCAUCGUGUAAUAACAGUGGCUGGAGUGGCUGUCAAAAAUGAUCAAAACGCAGCCAUCCGAGGCCCUCAGGUUAUUCCGACAGAAGUCAAACAUAAACUUAACGUACCGCCCGGGGUGCAUGCUCAUCUGGUGCCAUUGCAUCUGCACAGAAGUGGACUGAUUCUAAAAAGAUUUCCUCAUAAAAAGUCAGAAUCCUUCCUGAUAGAAGCACCAUUGCCAGAAUACUUUGCCGAUACAAUGGUGAAAUUAGAACUCCAACCUUAUGAUCAAGAUGCUGAUGAGUUAAAUCAGGAACAAUAUUCAGAAUAAAAAUCUCUGUGACCUAUUAUAUUAAACUGAGGAGUUGUGGACUGACAUACACAUUCUAAGCUUUAUUUUUUGAAAAUUGUUGGUGUCAUAACUUACAAGUUGUUAACUGUAAGUCAGAAAGUUCCAUCCAGUAAUGAAGGUAGAUCAUACCUUCAGAAUUUAAUUUUAUCUAUCACCGUCAAUAAUCAAUGAUAAAAGUUUCCAGAAUAAAAGUCAUGUGAUUUGGCAGUCACAUGGUAUAUUAAAGUCAUGUGAUUUGGCAGUCAC